AUGCAAGACAUUCGCUAAAUGAGAUAAAAAUAUGAAACAAUAAAACAAUCAAAUUAAAACACUCCUAAGAAAUGCCUCACUCCUGCCUUAUCAGCUUAAUAUGUCAAAACUAGUCCAGGAUUAUAAAUGACACCUCCAUCUAAUCCAAGACUUAAGAAAAUUUGCAAUAAUUGUUUGAAUCGAUCACUGAUGAAAGAAAAAGAAUAUAGAGUAUAAUAAUAACGAUAGGAAGAUUAAGUAAUUAUAAUUUCAUUGAUAAAUUAGAAAUUGUAUUAAUAAGUAAAAUAAUCAAUAGAUUAAGAAAAUUAAUAUAGAGAUUAGUUGGCUGAAGAAAAUAGAAGGAAAUUCUUUACUUAUCAUAAAAUUAAUGGAGAUUUAAUACAAUUGCAUUAAUAAAGAGUUAAAACAGAAUAAUCAAAUGAAAAAGCUGAAGUAGCUAACUUCUUUAAAUAGUUAGAAAGGGAUGACAAUAUUAAAAAGAUAAAGUAAUAAGAAAAAAAAGAAUAAUUACAAUAAUAUUAUUUAAGAGAUCUUAAAAAUUAAAUAACAUUUAAAGAAGAAGAAAAGAUUUAAUAAAAGUUAUAAAAUAAUAAAUCUGAUAUAAUAGAAUCUCAAUAUUGGACAUAAUUGGAGAAUGAGCAAAUACAUAAUCAAUAAAUUAAAGCUUAAUAAUAAAGAUAAACUAUAAAUUAUUGGAAAUAUACAUUAAGUGAAAAAUAGAAAUUAAAAUAAUAAUAAGAAGAAAUGAAUAAAAUAGAAUAAGAAUAACUUAAAUAUUUAUAAAAAAAAGAUGAAGAAUUGAAUAAAGCUAUUGAAUUAGCUAAAAAAUAAUAAAUGGAAUAAUUUAAAUAAGAAAUUUAAUAUCAAGUUAAAAUUAAUGAAUAAAAAAGAAAAAAUGAAGAAAACAAAAAAUAAUAAGAGUAUUAUACUAUGAUUUAAUUAAAAUAAUAAGAAGAAUAAAUUGAAAAAUAAAAAUAAUUGGAUAAAUCUAUGGAGAAAUAAACUUUUAUUAAAGAAAUAGAAUAGUAGAUUAUUUUUAAGGUAAAUAAUUCUUUUAUAAUAAUAUAGUAAAAAGUUUAGAAAGAGUAAAAAGAAAAAGAAUUGAGUUAAAGUGAAAAGAAAUUAUUAAUUUAAGAAAUUCCUAUAAAAUUGGUCUGCUGUGAUGAAUGCAAACAUAAUUGUCCAUAAAAAGUUAUUACUAAUAUAUUAUAAUGA